UUAUUUAAUCUAAAUUGUGUCGAAUGACGGAUUGAGUGAACAACACUUCAUUAAUAAAGAACAAAAACUUCCGUUCAAACGAAUUGUGUACUCUGGUCGCCUACACAAGUUACGCAUUUUUUAAAUAAUUUAGCAAACUUGAUAAGAAUAAUUUUUUUUCCUGUUGAUGGUGUUAUUGUUAUUAUCAUUGUUACUUGGAUUGCUUUAGAACAAGCAUAAAACACGGAGCACCAAUCAUCAAUCGACGGCAAUAAGAGAGAGUAAUCGUUGAGAAAAUAUGAGCAAUGAUGACAUUUAUUUGCGCACUGCAUUUGAUUUACUAGAUAGAAAUCGCGAUGGUUGUAUAACAGCAAGUGAACUACAAUUCAUGCUUAAAAAUUUGGGCAUAAAGAUAAAAGAUGACAUCAUAUAUCAUCUCAUACGAGAAGCUAGUCAUUCGGUAUCAUUUUCAGGUAAUGGCGUAAUAAAUGAAGUUGAAUUCCUUCAAUGGGUCGGACGUAUACAAGCGUUACGUGAUGGACAGCAGCCGCAACAAAAAACACAACAAGCGAAAGAUAAAAACACUAGCAAAUCCGACGGCGUUGACGAUGUCACAGAGGACUUAAUUGCCGCAUUUCGCGUAUUCGAUCGUUACGACAAUGGUUUUAUCAGCAGAGAUGAAAUACAGACCGCCAUGGAAAUGAUUGGUGAGCCACUGAAUGAGCAACAACUAAACCAACUGUUAGCUAUAGCGGACUUAGAUCGAGAUGGACGUAUUCGUCAGCCUACAUUUAGUGCUAAGAAAUGAAACCCACAUAUAAAAAUUAUUAGGUUACACAGUUAGAUUAUAAAAAAAGCAACCACAAUAAUUUAAAACAGCAAAAAAGGACGUAAAUAUAACUGUGAAACAA